UGUCCUCACAGUGAGGUUUUGUUGGCGCUGUGAAGUGUUAGCUAACGUAUCUUGGUGUGUGAACCUGGUGACUAUAUAUAGCUAUUCUAAGGGUUUCUUGGUGUGUGAACUUGGUGACUAUAAAUUACAAUCCUAAGUGUACAAGUGUACAAUUACUGGAAACACUUCCUAGCUGCGUCAUUGUACUCAUCCUGCAAGAUGGCCACCACAGGACCGACUGGCGGAUCUCUUGCAUCAGCAGGCAGUGUGACAGACAGAACACUUAAAAUUUGCGUAUGCAAUAUAUUCGCUAACUUGCGGCUUAGUCCCAUGCUCUUGGGAGAGCUUGUGAAGACAGAGUGUCAUGACAAGGAUGAUCAUGAGACUUUCAUAAAGUAUCUGGAUCGCCUGCGAGCAAACAAGAAAGAAGAAACUUUUUCAGAUGAAGAAUGGAGGAAAGUAUUCACUUUCAACUUAGGAAAUUUCAAAAAAGAGACGAGCCCUGACAAGUUAGAUGUCACUGCCCUCUUCUGUUUGCUCUCCCACAUUUUAACCAAAGUUAAGAAGUACGCACCAGACAGGCGUGAAGAUCUCUAUAAGAAGUUGCGUGACGUCAAGGACAUGCGAAACAAAGUCUUACACAACUUGGAUCAACUUCUGAACGAGAAAAAUUUCACUGAUCUGACAAAAACGCUGUUUGAGCUCAUAAAAGAAGCUAAGAGAUUCUAUCCUCCCUCCCUGGACCCUAAGGCUCCAAACUUUCCCGCUGAAGACACAAAGAAAAAGCUUAGCACCGAAAUUAAAAAGCUUGAAGACCUGGACAAAGGCGACAUUCAUUACUGUAUUUCGAGGUUGAUAAUGAGCGGGAAACCAGCGGUAAGGGAGUUAUGGGAGACCAAGCUACACUCCGAAGUUCUCUUGUCCGGCAACGACAAGGUUAAGCGUCGGGAAGUGUUUCAUCCUCUCGACGUGAUGGUUAAAGCACCAGAUAGCGAAAAAACCUUCUCCUACACAAAAAUUUUUGAAGCUUUCGGGACUGGAAACGUCGUUGUGGUAACUGGCGCCGCCGGUGCUGGUAAGACAACCCUCGUCCAAAACAUCGUGCUGCAAUUCUUUGAUCUGCAACAGGGGACUGCCAAUUACUUGAGCUCUUUUAACCAACUAGUCUUCUUCGAGUGCAGGGAUCGCAACACUAAAAAACUGAGUGUCGUCAUCAAAAAACACUAUGAAGACCUUUGUCGUGAACUAGGGAAAGAUAAUGUCUUCCAGGCUCUCCUGCGUAUCGAUGUCUUAUUCAUCAUCGAUGCCUUCGAUGAAUUCAACAAAAAUUCCAUGAAAGUCGUUACCGAGAUUAUCCAAAUGUCGUGGCGCCCUAGCUGCCGUGUGUUGAUCACGACUCGUCCUCACGCCAUGGAGAAGAAGCUGGCACCGCUCCUUAAGAGCUACGAUGUCAGCUUCACUCAGUACGAGAUUAUGCCGCUCACGAAGCUUGACGACCAAAUUAAAUUCUUGGGGCGGUAUGAAUUAUCCAUUUGCAGCGGCACUGCGACUGGAGAGAUGACGAAGAGCUUCAAGUUGCUCAGUGAAGAUGUGAGAAAUCAAUUCACUGAACCAAUUAACUUGGUUAAUUUCUGUGAGAUACAUAAGGAAUUCCCUGAUGAGAUAUCUUCGUGGCAGACGCCCGGGGACGUGGCGCCAUCCAUUCUUCGCUUGUAUAAAAAACGCAUCCUGUCGAAAUUAUCGGAUUCAGACUACAGCGCAACUGACGUCUUGAUUGCCGACCUGUUCGAUGUAAUCGGUCGUGAGGCGCUGGAGCUGCUGCGUGACAACAGCGUAACAUUUUCAGGAGAGGAGCUCCUUGUAUUGAAGAAGAAGUGCCAAGAAAAAAUAGAUGCUACUGGAAAAUUUGACUCAGACAUUAUUCUUUCAGUUUUACUGAAGGAGCAAAAGCCACUAUUCAAAGAAGGGCACAAGAGCUAUGCCUUCCCGCACAAGACAGUGCAAGAGAUCGUCGCUGCAGACCACGUCGUGCAGCGCAUCCUAGCCGACGACGACUCCCUCGACAGCAUCCUGGGAGCCACGGCAGAAGAAAUGCCACG